AUUGCGUAAGAGGUGAUGAUGUAACUGCACUCCGGCUCGCGCUCAUUAAAGUAAGACUGGCAGGAGGAGGGCGAGGCGGCGAAUUUGCCCACAAGGGACGCGGGUUCGGCAGCACCUCGCCGCAGGUCCUCUUCACUGCGGGUUGAUGGUGUUGUUUCCAAAAUAAGGCAGGUUGGCUCCAACGGGAUGAAUGCUUUGUUCCGGAAACUAUUGUGAAGACAGGAAGUGGUCCAAAUGGCAGCACAUGUUUUGAAAUGUCUGCGUCGCCCUGGACGCUAGAACAACAGGUGUUUGGCGUGAAAGUGAUGGUUUAUGAACAAUAUGACGCGCUCCCCGCUGACAACUUCCUCAAAAGAGGAGAAGCCAUGUCCAAGAAGACUCAUUUGACCCAGAUUGAAGUUAUACCGUGCAAGAUCUGUGGUGAUAAGUCCUCUGGAGUGCAUUAUGGUGUCAUCACAUGCGAGGGCUGCAAGGGAUUCUUCCGUCGUAGCCAGCUGCCUACGGUGUCCUACUCUUGCUCCAAACAGAGUAACUGUACCAUCGACCGAUCCAGCCGCAACCGCUGCCAACACUGCCGCCUGCAGAAGUGCUUAGCCCAGGGCAUGAGCAAAGAUGCUGUGAAGUUUGGACGGAUGUCCAAGCGCCAGCGUGACUCUCUAAUUGCUGAAGUCGAGCGGCACCGACAGCAGCAGCAGCAGCAACUCCAAAUAGACGCCCAAUUAGGCUUGUCCUACCCCCCCAAGGAGCGCCAAGAUUGCUCUUCGCAGCUCCUUCAGCCCGUGGCUUCAGCCUACUCCUACAGCGGGGACUCUGAGCUGCUGUCCUUCACCGCGGAUGUUCCCCCAUAUCUUCUGUGCUCCCCCAACCAGCAAAUGUCUGAUAUGAUCUACAGAAGCUCCAGUGUCUCACCCUCUUCCAGAACUUACAUGAGGUUGGACGGCAGUGGACACGCUGACUUAAGAGGGUUGGACUCCAGACCGUCAGCACAUGACUUAAUGGCGAUUCAUCCCUACAACCAGAUCGAGGACCCCCGUGGCCCCUAUUGUCGCAAUAUAGAUGAGUUGUGUGCCAGCAUUGUCCGCUCAAACAAAGACACCUGCCAGUACAGAGUGGAGGAACUGGAGGCACUGAAGUGGAAGGUGUUCAGCAGGGAGGAGGUCCAAGCUUACCAGAGUAAAUCGGUGGAUGAGAUGUGGCAACACUGUGCGGUUCGGCUGACGGAUGCCAUGCAGUUUGUGGUGGAGUUUGCCAAACACAUCCCUGGUUUCCGUCUGCUCAGCCAGAACGACCAGAUCGCCCUUCUGAAGACUGGUUCUAUGGAGGUCGUUCUGGUGAGGAUGAGUCGCUUCUUCAACACAGAGAACAACACCGUCUUUUUUGAUGGCAAAUUUGCUGGAACCGAAGUCUUCAAGUCUUUGGCGUGCGCCGAUUUGAUUGCGGCGGUUUUCGACUUUGCUCACAGCGUCUGCGCUUUGAAGCUCACCGAGCAGCAGGUGGCUCUCUUCAGCGCUCUGGUCUUGAUCAAUGCAGAUCGUCCAUGCCUGGAGGACAGAGGCAGGGUGCAGCAUGUGCAAAGAAGCUUGGAAUUCGGUCUGACACACAUCCUACACCGAGACAACCGGGACAGCCUAAUGCAUAAGCUGUACCAGAGGAUGUCUGUGUUGCGUUCACUGUGCAGUCUGCACAUGGAGAAGUUGCGCUGGUUCAGUCAGCGCUACCCGCUCAUCGCUCACACUCUCUUCCCGCCUCUCUACAAGGAGCUGUUUGCCUCUGAAGCAGGGCUGCUGCCUGAGAACACACACUGAUGACACAUAACACACACACACACCUUCACUCACUGGUACACUGAGAUAUUUAAAUAAAAUGUUCAAUUUGGCAAUAUGCUUGUUAUUGUGGUCGUAGUCAGCACCACAAUGCAUCAUACUUAGAUAUCAAUAUUUUGACCCUUUCAUGUUGCUAUGGUAACAAAACUAGUAAAAACAUCACACCAACAAUGAAGGAGUUGUCAGCAUAAGACAGUUUCACUGUACUGUAUACAUGGUACAUAUUACAUACAUAGUAAUACAAAGCUCUUGUAUUGGAUUUCAUUGGUUUGUAUGGUUGAGAUUGAUGAACUCACACACAUACAUGUAUACGUACACACGUACAUAAAUACACAUGCUAUACAUAGGUACACACACAUGAAUAAAUACAUGUAAAUACAUAAGUGUACUGUACAUACGUACACACAUAUCUAAACACAUGUACAUACAUACAUAAACACACACAUAUCUAAACACAUGUACAUACAUACAUAAACACACACAUUCAUACAUACAUAAACAUGCACGUGUAUACUGUACAUACGUACAUACAUACAUACACAUACAUGCAUAUAUACAUAAACACACGUACAUACAGACUGAAACACUCACACAUGCAUAAACACACACAGAUAUACAUAACGUACAUACAUAUAUACAUACAAAAACACGCACAUGUAUAGACUCGUACAUACAUACAUACAUACAUACAUAAACACACACAUACAUUCAUACACACAUAAACACAGAGCAGAGCAGAGACUGAGGUCCUGGGCUCCCAGCUGAUAUUGAUAAUUAGGCCAAUGAGGUGCAGGUGUGGAACCUGCAAACCAAGGAGACAUGGAGAAAAGGGCAACCAAGCAGGCAGGAACACAGAUCCCCUGCUUGCAAACCUGAGAGGAGGCAGGUAAGCAGGCCAAACAUUAAGCCCCUCCCACAAGGCCCGGGCCGUUACACUUAUAUAAACACAAACAUACUUACAUAAACACACACUUACAUACACACACACAUGCAUACAUAAAUACUUACAUACACAUACAUACAUACAGACAGACACACACAGACAUACUUACAUAAACACACAUACACAUUAUUGUACACUGACAUACACACACACACAUUAUUAUUAUUAUUAUUACGUACUAUACAUUUUUGACAAAAUAAAUUUUUGUAAUUGUUGAAAUAAGAAUAAAUAAGUAGCCAUAGAUGACGUCAGCUGAGCUUGUACAGACUCGCAUAAUUCAGAAUUUUCAUAUCAUAAAACUAUUUUUGAAAUAAUACAGAGAAAUAUAUCAAUAUUUGUUGCUGUUUUUUUUUUGUAAAUUUUAUUUCUAAGUACUUCUCUCUAUAUAUAAGCUAGCUUGCAGAUGAACAAAUGAUUGUGUCCAGUUAGAACCUGCUUUUUAAUCCGGAGCCAGAACACUGACAUUAAGUUUUCGAUAUGAAUACCAACUGGCAUCUUAGAAAAAGAUUUGUUAUGACUGUAAAAGUACUGUACGACAAACGAGCACCUGACCACAUACACACACACACACACACA